UCUCUAUAUUUUAUAUACCCCACCUCUCUCUCUCUCUCUCUCUCUCUCUCCCUCUCCCUCCUUUUAUACCUUCUCUUCCUUCUCAAAGUAAUAUAACUCCUUAAUUUGCAGCACAAACCACCUUGCGUACACAAGCUCGCACAUAUAUACACGCACAUCUCUCAUCUUUCUAUAUAUAUGUACACACGUAUGUUUAUUAUAUCUACAAUAACUGCCCACGAUGAACUCGUGCUUGACAUGGAUCCGUAUACUACCUCCCCUGUAAUCCUCCAUUAGUACCACCAUCCAUUGCCACCAUUAUUAGUUAUCUCCAUUAGGACUGGUGCAUCAGAUCCUCUUUUGGGCUUUUGGUUCUGUGGGGUAUUCCUUAUUGUUUCUUUUCCUUUCUUGUAUACAUUUUCUCUUUCCUUGUCUAUUUUCUUCUGGGUUUAAAGAGGAGGAGUUGGAGUUUGUUUUAAUUAAUUGAUUCGUAGAGUUGGUGAUGAAUAGAGGGGGUUUACUACCACAGAUGUUGCACUGUACGGACAUGACAGUACUGGAAAGGCAAAGAGCUCGCUUGAAAUGGCAACAAGACCAGCUUCAACCUGACCAGCAACAACAGGAGAGUCGUUUCAGCGACUUCAAUGGGCUGUUCUCGAUGCCCGCACAGGCGACUCAAGUGCAGAAUUUUCAGGGGGGUGUGCUGGCCGCUCAUGAUCCGGCGUUGGCCGAUGUCGUCACCCGCUCGGUGAAGCCUGACCCGGCUUUGCUAACCGGCUGGACCGACUUGGGGAAGACUGUAGAGCUGCGCGCUGGUAUGGAGUUCUUGGGGCCUUGUGCGUAUAGCAAUUACUCGGGUCUCGAGAUGAAUUAUAGCAUUUCGAGGACUUCUAGCUGCCCGCCUGCGGUGGCCGCCGCUGUGGCCAUGGAGGCAGUGGAGGCAAAGCCUAAAGGAUCGAUUUUGUCUGAGAAGGUGAGCGCAACAACGGGUAGAGACAGCUUCAAGAAGAGGAAGGUUGAUAAGAUGCUAAACGCAAAGAUUGCUGCCGAAGAUGAAGGAAAGGAGAAGAAGAUGAAAGCGUGCGCGGAAGAAGGAGACUCAAAGGUGACAGAGCAGAGUAACAAGAAAGAAAAGUGUGGUGAUACAUGUAAGGAGAAUUCAAAGGCUUGUGAGGGUCAAAAGCCUGAUUACAUCCACGUGAGGGCUCGUCGAGGUCAAGCCACGGACAGCCACAGCUUAGCAGAGAGGGUAAGAAGAGAAAAAAUCAGUGAGAGGAUGAAGUAUCUGCAAGAUUUAGUACCAGGCUGCAACAGAAUCACUGGAAAGGCAGGGAUGCUUGAUGAAAUCAUUAACUAUGUUCAAUCUCUUCAAAGACAAGUGGAGUUCUUGUCAAUGAAAUUAGCUGCUGUGAACCCAAGACUUGACUUCAACAUAGACAACCUGUUUGCCAAAGAGCAGGCCUGCACAAGUAAUUUCUCUACACUUGGAUAUGUUGACUUUAAUCCUUGUGGAGUGGAAAUGGGAAUGAACCCUGGUGCUGACAUGGGGCUGAGAAGAACUAUCAGUGCCCCUGUGGAGACAUUUCUUGAUUCAUCCUGCUUCACUCAAAUUCCUUCCACAUGGGACGUUGAGUUGCAGAAUGUUUACAAUAAUAUAACAUUUGACCAUCAGAUUUCCUUUCCACCUCAGCCAUUCACAGGUUCUAUUGAAGGUAGCAACCUAAAGAUAGGGAUCUGAAUGAGGAAGAUGUACACAUAUAUAUAUAUAUAUAUAUGUGGAAGGAUCACCAGCAAUUGUUUGAAGGAGUAUUAAUUCUUUUUUCUUUUUGGGUAGUACAAGUACAUAACGUAUAUAUUUUUGUAUGUGUAUACUCCAGACAUAGUAUGAAUAAGAUUGAUACGUAUUAUCCUCAUAACUAGUGUGAAUAUGUAGAGGUUUUGGAUGGAUGGCGAUGGGUUUGGGAGG